AUGACCAACGAUGCGCAGGAACACACGCCGUGUGCGUUUUUUCCUGCGCCGUUGCAAGAGCCAAAAGGGUUGAAACCAUUUCGACUCAAUGGGACCCAGGAUAUGCUUGAGCUAUUUGGGCUCAUGCCGCUGUAUGAUCGCGCAGUCCGCCCGUACCAGCGUCCCGAGCCGUCUAACCCGCCCACCAUGCCAGGCUCUGAGCCCGACUCUGUGCCGAAGAAGGACGGAGAGCAAAAGCGCUUGACACUGCCAAAGACAUUUGUUCAUUAUGUGGAAGAUCUGCCGGGCAAAGUACGCCCGCCGAAACGGACUGGCGCGAUGCGUCAUCAGCGCGAGCUCACGCAGCUGCUAAUGAAGCCCGAAUAUACCUACACACCGAUCGUCCCUUUUGAUCAAGACACUCUGCAAAGUGCUUUUACCGUGGAUCCCGGAUCACAGCCCGCGCUUGGGAUCGAUACCAGUUUGCUCGAGGCCGACGAGCUCGAUGCAAACGCUGCCAAGAAGAAAAAGCAUGCGCUGCCCGACCAGACCGAGCCGCCAAAGAAACGCGUGGUGCUGAUCAGCAAGAAAAAGCGGUUAUAA